AUGUUUAAAGUUGUUGACAGAAAGCUGGCCGGUUGUCAACGAGAGCUGAUCGGCGCCAAGACCGUCGCGGGUCACGUUCCGAGGAUCAUCCGCAUUCCGUCAUCUUUUUCGAAUGCGACAAGCUGCAACUCGCCUCCCUCAAUGCAAUUGUCCACUAUGAGGCCUCAAAUCUUAUUGCAUCCGCAAUUGCGCACGCUGCUCCCCCGUGGUGUGCGGAGGGAUCUUAACAGCACGAUCUUCUAUCGCCUGAAGACGACUCAAACGCCGUUUCGACUCUCCAAAAAUGAAUCCCCGGCUCUGAAACCAAAGGAAAACAAUGCGACAGCUGCCCGGAGCUCACCACAGUCGGCCACGACACAUGCAAAGACCGCUAUUCGACGAGGUACGCUUUCUGUGAUAACUUGCAAUUGGAACAUUGGUCCUGACGGCAAGACAAUCUUUCUGGGGAUGUUGCGCAUCACAACCAUCUUCCUUUUUGGUGUUUCUGUCCUGGUUGUCGCACCGGCAUUUGCAUCCGAUGAGUUUCCAUGGUAUCUAGCACCCGCUGUUGUUGUUGGCGGAGCUCUCCCGAUGCUUUUCGUUUCUUAUACCUCUGCUCCAUUCGUGAAUUUCGUACACCUCGCUCUUCCUGCUUUUGCUCGGCGUUCAAAGGAACAUACGGUUCAAUAUGCGAAGAAUUUGCCUCCUACAGCUACAUUAUACAUCAACACUAUGAAGUUCACGACUAUUCCUCGACAGACCGAGGUGCGACUGGGGGACUUGGUUCCUGACAAAGCCAUUUUCCGUCCCGUGAGCUUUCGCAAUAAAAACCCUGCCCCUUUGCCCUGGUGGGCAGGAAAGACUCUACGGCAAUUCUACGCGGCAGAGAAGAGUCAGCCUGGCAGAGAGUCAACGACAUUCUAUCCCGAAUUGUGGGAACAUGUAUACAAACAGAUCCAAAAGAACCCGUCACCAAAGAAAUGA